CUUGGCUGCGAGGCGUACAGUAUAGAACCGUUUAAGAAAGUCUUUCUUCCCACGCUUUACUCCACCAUCUUUGUCGCGGGGAUCCUGGGGAACGCGCUGACCAUUGCCGUUUUCCUGAGGAACAGGCAGACCAUGGCCAUGACUGACACCUUAAUCCUCCACUUGUCCAUCGCCGACAUCCUGCUCGCUCUCACUCUGCCCUUCUGGGCCGUGGAAGCGGUCAAAGGCUGGAUUUUUGAGACGUUCGCUUGCAAAAUCUUCGGGGCCAUGCUGAACAUCAACUUCAACAGCGGCAUUUUCCUGCUGAGUGGCAUCAGCAUCCAGCGUUACCUCUCCAUCGUCCACGCGGUCCAAAUGUACAACAAGCCCAGGUCCUUGGUGGUGCACGUCUGCUGCCUUGCGGUCUGGUUCUUCUGCCAUGUCUUGGCCAUCCCCGAUUUCAUCUUCCUGAAGAAGCUGGAGGUGAAUGGCACAUGGCAAUGCCAAUAUAAGUUUGAUCCCACAACUGGCAAGAAAUGGAUAGUGGGCUUACGUUUCCUCCAUCAAGUCGUCACUUUCCUUAUCCCUCUGUCAGUCAUUCUCUACUGCUACUUGAUGAUCGUCAUAACUCUGCGAGGGUCCCAUAACUUGCAGAGGAACAAGGAGGUCCGGGCCAUGAAGGUCAUUGUCAUAGUUGUUGCUGCUUUCCUCUUCUGCUGGGUCCCCUACAAUGUGGUCAUCUUCAUUGAAUCGUUGCAGAGGACAGGCUUCAUCGCUCGGAGCUGUGCCCUGGAGUCCAGCUUGGACAUUGCCAUUUGGGUGACAUCCAGCCUCGGCUACUUCCACUGUUGCCUCAACCCCUUCCUCUACGCCUUCGUUGGUGUCAAGUUCAGGAGGAACUUACUGCAAAUCUUCCACGACAUUGGCUGCAUCACUCACAAGACAGUGAAGAAAUACGCCAGAACCACCAACAGGGAGACCACCUCUCAGUGUCACUCAGGGGAUACGACCAACUCCGGAUUCUAAGGCGAAUAAAACCGAUCCAAACUUACUGAAGUAUAUUUCAAUAAUUCCACGCCCCCUUUGAAUCGAAAGUUGGUGAAUUCACAUCCACCACUGGAAAGCUGAACAGGCAAUCCUGCCUUACAUUUUAGUGUAAUUUGACUAAUAUACUUAACUUUUAAUUCAUUGGCCUUCAAAUGCUCUCAUAGAUACAAGUGGCAGAUCCUUA